GCCCGGUGCACAUGUGCCCAUACACUCUGCUUAUCGAGAUUGAGGACGAUUUGGCGGAGAAUUUCCGCGAGCGCACACUGGCGAGUCACGAUCCAGCUCCUUUGCUUCAUAUCCUGCACCAGCAUAUCCUUCAGAUGCCUCGGGUUCGAUACACGCAUUUCAUCUCUGCCAAAGCCGACAUUUUUGUGGGGAUUCUUGGCGGAACUCUGGGGUACUUUUUGCACGAGCGGGAGCGGCCCAAGGACAUGCAGCGGCCGCUGGUCGACCUGCUCCGGCGGCGGCUCAGCCUGCCCAAGCACCAGGAAUAAAGCGACAAACCGGCUCGCAUCGAGUGGGCAGGGGCUGCGCAUAGAACAACGACCUGAGCAAAACAAGGUGGCACUAUUCGCAGCUCUCUUCCUUUGCUAGCUCUCAUUACCUUUUCCAAUAUUCCUUUUCCAAAAUGACAACAGUGAAGGACCAGCCUGCCGGGACUCUGCUGGGCAAGCGCCUGAUAGUGCUUGCCGUGUGCAUCUAUAUGACGCGCGCAAUCCUCGGUGUCGUAAAGUGCAUGCUGGAUAUUGCGCUGAUAUCGUCGGUGGUGCUCAUAAUGGCUGCAUUUUACAGUGCCACGGGGAACCUCGACAGCAAAGGAGUGCCAGCAACGGCGCUAGCCAAGCUCGAGGCCCUGGUCGACCCGAUGUUCGCCCAGGCGGCCGAUCGUCUGCCGGCGUUGUCAGGACCGCUCCAGUCCAUUGCCGGUUAUAUUUACGCAAGCCCAGACGCGUCCUCAG